CCUCCUCGAUACGCCCCUCCCCUCUCCUAAUCACAUCCAUACAUCUCAGAACCACUGAAACCUUCUCCAGCAAUCUCUUCGUGCAAUUCCAAUACUCGUGCCAUUUCACUUCCGACCGCUCCUAAAUUUUCUCCAAAUUCAGGCGUAGAAGGGGCUGAACUGGAAAAAGAAAAAACAAGGGGGGGCUUUCUAGUCUUUUCAGCCGACAGAGAACCGGUUUCGGGUAGGUCGGUGGAUCCGGACCCGAUGAUUCCAGAAUUAAAAAAGAAAACCCUGGAAGCCCUAGAGAAAUUGUCUCCAGUUCACACAGAUCCAGGAGAGAUGUCGACGAUGGGUCCAGAAGAGGUGACAGAAGCGGAAGGAGGAGGAGGAGGAGGAGGAGGAGAGAUGUUGAUGAGGGGUCCGGAAGAAGACAGGGAUGCGAUGAUAGCGGAGGCCAAGCGGUUCGUGGAGAACUACUACAGCACGUUCGACGCGAACAGGGAGGGCUUGGUGAACCUGUACCGGCAACGAUCGGUGCUGAAAAUCGAGGGCCGGAAGAUCCAGGGCAAGGAGGCUAUCCUCGCCAAACUCACCUCCGUUCCGCAGCCGUGCCACCACGAAUUCGCCGAGGUCAGUUGCGGCACCUAUCGCUUGGCACCCGCAUCGGCAUCGGUCGCCGUGUCCGUCCUGGUCCGGGGCGGGACGUGGUUAGGCGGCAAGAAGGAGGAGGCGGACGCCGCCCUUAUACAGCAGAGCUUCAAUCUGGUGCCAGCACGAGGAGGAAGCUUUUACAUAGCUCGACAAUCUGGGAUGCUCUUUGAUCUCAAGAAGCCUCGGACCGGGGCUCUGUCCUACUGGCUACCGAAACCUCCCCCCUCGGCAUCGCCCGUUCAUGUCUCGUUAUUUCAAAUCCUAUCCUCGGCAUACCCGCCGGCGUCGGCUGCCACGGCACCGAGUACGCCUCCGCAAUUCGAACGCCUCAGCAUUUCGAAUCCGAAUACCACCCAUGAUGAAACUUCCUCCGUCUCUACAGAGACCUGAUGAUAAAACUGUUUUAUUUUCAAUGUCCUAGACUCUCUUGUUUUAUGUUUUCAAUGUUUUAUUGCAGUACUUUUGUGAA